GGGAGGAGGACUAAUAAAUCCUGACCGAGAGGCCAGGAAGAGGAGGCCAACUGACCCACAGGCUCCAGGAGGACGAACUGGCAAAGAACUUGCUGGAGUGAAACGAAGCUAACAUUUGUCAAGGCCUGCUUGGCCUGCAGCCCCAGUGUCGCCGCCGCCAUGGCCUCGAAGCAGCUCUUCCGCGCGCUCGUGUCAGCACAGUGGGUGGCUGAGGCACUCCGGGCCCCACGGGCCGGGCAGCCCCUGCGGCUGCUCGAUGCCUCGUGGUACCUGGCCAAGCUGGGCCGCGACGCGCGCCGCGAGUUCGAGGAGCGCCACAUCCCGGGCGCCGCCUUCUUUGACAUCGACCAGUGCAGCGACCGCACGUCCCCCUAUGACCACAUGCUGCCCAGCGCGGCACACUUCUCAGAGUACGCGGGCCGCCUGGGCGUGGGUGCCGCCACCCACGUGGUGGUCUACGAUGCCAGCGAUCAGGGCCUCUACGCGGCGCCGCGCGUCUGGUGGAUGUUCCGCGUCUUCGGCCACCGCACGGUAUCUCUGCUCGACGGUGGCCUCCGCAACUGGCUGCGCCAGGGCCUCCCGCUGAGCUCAGGCAAGAGCCGUCCGGAGCCCGCCGAGUUCCACGCAGUGCUGGACCCCGCCUACAUCAAGACAUACGAGGACAUCAAGGAGAAUCUUGAAUCCCGGCGCUUCCAGGUGGUGGAUGCCCGUGCCGCCGGCCGCUUCCAGGGCACAGAGCCUGAGCCCCGAGACGGCAUCGAGCCCGGCCACAUCCCCGGCACCAUCAACAUCCCAUUCACAGACUUCCUGACUGAGGACGGGCUGGAGAAGAGCCCCGAGGAGAUCCGCCGCCUCUUCCAGGACAAGAAGGUGGACCUGUCCCUGCCCCUGGUGGCCACGUGCGGUUCCGGCGUCACAGCCUGCCACGUGGCCCUGGGGGCCUACCUCUGUGGCAAGCCGGAUGUACCCAUCUACGACGGCUCCUGGGUGGAGUGGUACAUGCGCGCCCAACCUGAGGACAUCAUCUCCGAGGGCCGGGGGAAGACCCACUGAGGCGUGGCGGGACACAGGAAGCUCGGGUGACACCCAGCCACCAGCGGUACCCAGCCUGGUGGUUCCGACUCUGCUCUGACCAGGAUAGUGUUUCUUCCUACAACUCAGGUGGUACAUGGGGCGACACCCCGGAGGCCAGGAACUCUGUGGACUUGUGGGCUCCCAGUGGAGGCAGCAGAGAAGGAGGCAGCGGGCACAGGGGGAGGGGAGCUGCCCUCGUGGUGCUGAACUGGAGCCCCACUUCCCUUCUGUUGAAGAAAUAAAACAGUCAAGUGCUAAACCCUUCUGACUGCAGGGCUGCCUCUGCUCUCCUCCACUCCUGGGCUGACGGCUCCAACAUGCCCAGCUCGGGAGCUCCGUGGAGCCAGGGCGUCUUGAGGACCACGUCCCUUCUGCUUUCUGAGCGGUGCUGAGGCCCCAGAGGCCUUCCAGUCCUGAGACCGAAUGUCUCCCUGAUAGCUGUCUUCUACUUCUUUUGCUGCAUGAAUGAAUGAAUGUGUUAGGCACUCGGUAGUGUCUGACUCUCUGCAACCUCAUGGACUGUAGCCUGCCAGGCUCCUCUAUCCAUGGAAUUCUAUCCAGUGCUGUAGGAGCAAUGGCCAUACUUGAUGACAGCAGUCAGGACCAAUAUAAACAGGGAUCUCCGCAUGGAGGGAACCGCCAUCUCCCCAUCAUAAGCCCUUUCCCCUGGGGGCUGAAUUUAACAGUUUAGGAAUCUUCCUUUCCAGCUGGUUUCAGACAAACGGCAUUUUCUCCCUUAAAAAUGUCCCUGCCUCUUUAAGGAGUUGGGUUUGUUGGCAAACACAUGUGAGGUCUGAUCUGGCUUCCAGUUCCCCUGCCCCAUGCAAGGCUGCCUGACCUUGGACACAAGGCUGAGCCCCUCUGAGCCUCAGUUUCUUCAUCUUUUGUUGUUGCUGUUAAAUUUUUAUCUAUUUAUUUUUGGCUGUGCUGG